ACUCUCUCGACACACGCGGAGUCACCUGUUUUGACAAAUUUCUGAAACCAGACAGAUCUUAGCGAAAAUCUUCGUAUCAGCUGUUCCCCGAGGGCUGUAUUCUCGAGAAAAAGUUUCACCGAUUCCUCUCGCUUUUCAAGUCAAGGAUCCUGACCCGCAGAAAUGGCGAAAUCGACACAUGCGAUGGUGAUGCUCGUUGCAGUCGCUCUCCUGCUCGUGUGCAGCAAUGCCGAAGAGCAAGAAGCUCACGCAUUCCAACCAGGCUCUCAUGCUGGCUCCGUUUCCGACGCGGACAUGAUGAAGGCGAUACGGACUGUGCUGAUGCGGUCUCUCCGUUCGCCACGUUACCACGGUGGACGACGGUACGAGUACGUCAAACGUUUUCCAGAAGUGAACGCCCGAGGCUUCGAAAGCGACAUCUUCGACGAAGGCUUCGGGGAAUUCAGUCCGGUGCGACGUCGAUAGGAAGCAGCGGUCUGAACGAGUACAGCUCCCGUUAGAAAAAAAAACAAGAUCUCCCUGCUCUCUGAGAUUUGUUUGUUGCCAGGAAGCCGAUUCUCUUCGUUCCUCAUAUUGCAGUACGCUAUUCGAAUUUUCGGAAACGUUUCGGUGGGAGAGAAAAGAGUGUCUAAACAAAGAGGCUUGAUGUGGUCCUUCGAUCUCGCAUCGUCGUUGGAGAAAUGGGACGCCCACGAAGUUCCGCUGCCUGAUUGGGGCGGAACGAUAGCAAGGGAAGAUCCUCAAUUCGGCUACGUCAUAGAGGUGUGACCUAGAUGCAAUUGACUCUUGAGUGAGUCCUCCAGAGUGUCCCUAACUUCGUUUUGGAACAUCGUAUAGCUGGUCUGUAUUCUAGUCAAUCAAUGGUUCCAACGGGCAUCAAACACAAUAAUUAUGAUCGUGAUCGCAUUCCCCCUCACACUGCUGAUAACGCCGCUGCUGCCGUUGUACCGCCGACGACAUCAGGCCGCUUUCGAUGAUGGUACAGAUUCCAGCAGGACGCCCCACAUCGCGCCCUCGCUGUGAAAGAUAGAGAGUCCCAAUCGAGGAAAUAUAUCGUAAAGUACAUAAUUCACGAUGACGAGGACAGAGCAGAAAAAUUGUAUGCCGUUGGAGUCGGAAGUUUCCCUCUGGGAGGCGGGACUGUCUAAGUCGCGUGGUCGCUGCUCGAAACUUUGGUGAGUCUGUGGUCGUUUGGAGCAAAGCACGCUAGCCACCAUUGUUGCGAAUCUGUCCAGUGAAUCUGUCGUACUUUGGGGAGGACAGCAUAUCGGAAUCAACAAUGAUCCUUCCAUCGAAAGUCACUCGAUGAGAACCUCGUCGUGAAGCUUGAAACCCGAAAUAAAAUCGAUUUCAUUU